GUGCCGGCAGAGAAAAAUGUAGUGACCGCGAAAUAUUCCUGAGUUGUUGUUCGCGCUCAUUCCGCUGUUUCAUUUGUUUUCGGAUUUUGCUUUCAAGCACUCGCAAACUUUACGUGUCUGGACCAUGUAUGAGCAAAGUUUGAAUGGACCUUGCGUGUGACCAGCCUGCCACAAUGUCUGGUCCCAAGGACUUUGAGGACUCUCUGAAGGACCUGCAAAGCAUUGCUCACUCAUCCUCCCUCACUUUAAGUCUGGAGAAAGAAGAUAUUGGUGGAAACACUGACAAGGAGGAUGUGUUUGAGAAAGGCAUGCUGUGCAUACAUGAAGAGCUGAAUCAACUCAGCACAGACCUGCAGAGCCCUUCGACUCCAUGUGCGAUUCCUCUGGAUGUAGUGAGCCAUCCCCCAGCACGAUCUCCAAGCAACCAGUCUCUGACUGAGCAGAAACCUCACUUGACCAAGGAAUUGGAAGUGGGCUACCGGGAGGGAGCAGGCCGUGGGGCCUCGGCUUCAGGGUGGUUCAAUGGUCUUUUGGGCUGCCUACGCCCUGUCUGGAGUAUUCUCAACAAGGCUGCCACAGAUGACCUCAAAGGGCAAGGUGACAACUGGGAAAUUCCAUUUGAAAGCAUUAUGGAUCUCCAUUUUCUGGGAAGCGGAGCCCAAGGCGCCGUUUUCCUGGGGAGACUAAACGAUGAAUUGGUAGCUGUGAAGAAAGUGACGGACAAGUCUGAGACGGAUAUAAAGCAUCUAAGAAAGUUGAAUCACCCCAACAUUGUAGCAUUUAAGGGAGUCUGCACCCAGGAUCCAUGUUACUGUAUUGUCAUGGAAUACUGCCCUUAUGGGCAGCUGUAUGAUGCUCUGAAGAAUGGCCGCGUCAUUCCCCCAGCACUUGUUGUUGAAUGGAGCAAACACAUUGCAUCAGGAAUGAACUACCUCCACUCGAGAAAAAUUAUUCACAGAGACUUGAAGUCACCAAACAUUCUCAUCAGCUACAAUGAUAUCCUGAAGAUUUCUGACUUUGGCACGAGCCGGCAGUGGAAUGAAAGAAGUACAAAAAUGUCGUUUGCGGGAACGGUGGCGUGGAUGGCACCCGAGGUGAUUCGGAAUGAACCGUGUUCCGAGAAAGUUGACAUUUGGUCAUACGGAGUGGUCAUGUGGGAGCUCUUGAACUGCGAGAUACCUUACAAAGAUGUCGACUCCAGUGGUGUCAUGUGGGGCGUUGGGAGCAACAGUUUGCAUCUCCCUAUCCCAUCGACUUGCCCAGAAGGGUUCCAGCUCCUCAUGAAGCAGUGCUGGAGUACUAAACCAAGAAACAGGCCAUCCUUCAGGCAUAUCCUUAUGCAUCUUGACAUAGCAGCAGUUGAAAUCCUGAGCACCCCGAAAGAUGUGUACUUUAAAAAUCAGGCAACGUGGAAGGAGGAAAUUAGGCAGUACAUGCAGAACAUCAAGCAAGAUCAAACUCAUGGGCCAGGUUGUGAGAAAGAUUUGAUUCGUCGUCGGAAAAAUGAACUGCGACAUGCUCAAGACAUUCGUAUUCACUAUGAACACAAGUUAGAGCGAGCCAACAACCUCUAUAUGGAGCUCAUGGCCUGCAUGCUGCAACUUGAGCAGAGAGAGAGGGAAAUUAUACGGAAGGAACAAAGUCUGCAAAUAGGGCCAGGCUACAGGCCAUAUAAGAAGAGAAUUGUCAGGCCCUUACUGAAAGCACAGGAGCGUUUCACAAAGAAGAAAUCGUACAAAUUGCCAUCAGAUCCCCCAAGCCCCGAGAGCCCACAAAAAGCUGGAACAACCAGCCCUGAAACACAAGGUGUGUCCUCAUCACCUUCAUCCAAGACGCGUUCCCGGCGUCCCCCACACCGCCGUGGUGGGUCUGGGAGCUACAACUACCUUGCUGGUGGCAGCAGUGCUGCAUCCUCACCGAAAUGGAACGGAACGCGUUCAUGCCUCAUUGACAGUGAAACACAAACUGAAGGGAAUGAAAUGAUGAGUGAAACUGACUUGACAUCUCCGUGUAUGACGUCGCCAUCUUAUCCCCCACCCACAUCACUACGAGAAAGUGACCACGAUAAUUCGAACAUGGUCUUAGCCUGCAAAACCCCCGGGAGCGAAUCGUCGUCUGCAUUUGACGACACAACACCCUCUACAUCUGGGCAGAUCUUCUCACCGCAGGAUCUCAACAGUAACAAGCCAAACACCACAACGGCUGUUGAAGAUGAGUUUGAUUUGAAUGAUCAACUCUCAGUGAUGUCGCAGAUGUCACAGAGGCCCAUGCAGGAACGUUCGGGAACACCACGCCGAAAACGUGUCAUGACAGACAGUGACGAAUCUCCAACUGGGAACUUAGCCCCUGGAAGUGGCAACUUGCAGCGAAGAAACCAGCGAAAUGCUGCAAAGAGCGUUGGAGCUCCACACUGCACAAAGGAUUUUUCUUCAACUGAGGAAGAAGGUGAAGUCGAUGAUGAAUACAAUGCACACAAAGGGAGACUAUCUCAGAUGCGGCAAGCCACAAGUGGGCAGUCCAUUUCGACGCUGAGCUCAGAGGGAAACCUAUCGGAAGAAGAAGGCAACACGAGCGAAUACUCAAGCUCACACAACACUCCGAGUGAACUACUGUCCAGCCUUUCCAACCCAGAUAUCCUGGGAUCGGGCGACGGCUCUCACCUCGGAGGCUCGCCUCGGCGUCACACGCUUGCUACUCCGGUCAGCGCCAGCUCAGUCCUGCGGGAAAAAGGAGCCCUUGAGAAGCUCAAGCGGAAUCCAAUGCCCACAAUUAAGGAUAUUUACUCAUCCCCGAGCCACUCUCACAGUUCCUCAUCAACAAACUCUUCCGAGUCCGAAGACGGAUCGCGUCAGACGGUAGCAACUACAUGCACAAGGAUCUCGAAAGGGGGAGCCGAGACUACAGUAUGGUAACGACCACAAAUUAUUGUAUACAUUCCACUGUGAAUGGCUUGUAUAUAGUGACAACUCUCACAGACUGAAUGGUUGAUACAUGGAUGAACCAAUAGGGGUACUGCUAAAAAAUUUGAGUGUGCUACGCUGAAGAUCUGUUGUGCAUUUGGUGGGGACUCAGUGAGCAUUGCUGUUUUAGUCUUUCAUUCUCACUUUACGAUGCAUCAUUUUGAAAGCACGUUUCCUGUACUCAGUUCAUUCUUGAGGCUGUGCUUUGUGAAUGAUGUGUUGUCACCGUGAAGGACUUUUGGCUGCACACAUGUGCGGAUAUGUAUGUCUACAGUAGGGAUCAAACUAGGGUAGUUCUCUGUUAUCUACUCAUUUCGCUCAUUCCAUGUUUUAUGCAAGAAAAGUGGCAUGCACGUUGGGCUUUUGGUAUAUCAGCUUGAAAAAGUAGCCUCAUUCUUAAACCUUCUGAUCAGCAGCUGGGAAAUGUAGCAGCAUAAUUUAGUUGUUACCUGUGAAUUAGCGUUUCACAUUAGGUGUACCUUAAAUGUUGUUGUUCUUCUAGCAUGCUGAACAGGCACAUGUCUGUUCACACAUGGGAUACCUGAAUAACCUGAAAACUAGGGAUGGGGAAUUGGCAUGGUUUAUAAGUGAUGGAGCUUUAUCUAUAGUAUCAAUAGUGAUGGUACAAAGUGUGACGUAGGCAGUGCUAAAAAAAAGAACAACAAAACACCUAAUGCCUGCUUCUGAUUAGCAGCUUGUUCACCUUGUGAAAAUCUAACAACAUAAAAGUAAGAUGGGCUUCUCGGACAUAGCUUUAGAGCCUAUGUCGGCAUCAGGCUUUGCCAGAUGGACUGGCCUGCCGCAAAUGUGUUACUAGGGGUUGCAUAUGUCACCCAUUAACCAUAAGGAGAAUCCUGAUUUCUGCUGCACAUUCGACAACCUUCAUUUCAUUUUUUGUGCUCAAAGCAUUACAGUGUGUAUUACUGUGCCAGAAGGGUGUUACCUUAUAAUCAUAAGCAUUCCAUGAAGUAUUCUUAAAUAAUUAUUUUGUAGUCACAAUUCCAUUUUUCAUGCACACACAUACAUGUUU